AUGGGAAUUGGCAAGAGUAUAUCAGUCAAAUUUGCCAAGCUAAACGCAAAACUUGCUCUUAUAGACUGUGUUGAUGAAAGCUUAAAAAGUAUUGUUCAAGAGUGUGAAAAAAUAACAAAAAAGAAAGUUUUCAGUGUAUUUAUUCCUGACCUUACUGUCAGAGAUAGCAUCAAAAAUGCCGUCAACGACACGGUAAGACAUUUUGGGAGAAUAGACGUUUUAAUUAACUGUGGUGAACUUGGUUCGAGAGUUGGUGUAACCAGUCCCAAUUUGAUUGCUGAUAUGAAAUUAAUUCUUGAAAUUAAUUUAAAAGCAGCAAUUGCGUUUGUCCAUUAUGCUUCUGAUUCUCUUAUAAAGAACAAGGGAAAUGUUAUUAAUAUAGCAAGUCUGUUUGGGACUCUUGCAAUAAAGGAAGCCUCACCGUAUAGUGUGUCGAAAGCUGGUUUGCUUCAUUUUUCGAGAUGUGCGGCCUUGGAACUGGCAGGCAAGGGGGUAAGAGUAAAUUGUAUAUCACCUGGGCCAGUAAGAAGUCAGAAUGUAAUGGGUGAUUUUGGGACAAAGGAAGAAAAUGAUAAAUAUUGGGAUACCUGGGCUAAGGAGGCUCCGUUGAAACAUUCAGUAACUGAGGACGAGAUAGCCGAUCUUGUGGAAUUCUUGGCGAGUUCUAAAGCUAGGAGUGUCACCGGAAAUGAUUAUAUUAUUGACUCUGGAUGGUCCGUUCAAAGAGUUUAA